CGCGUGAGCCAUUUGUAACCAUGGCUACCAAACGGGCUGCGCAGCGUUGGCGCUAAAGUUGAGCGAGCCUGAGGGAAUUAAAGUCAACGUAAAGCUGUGAAACUCCCAACGCCUAAUUUUGCUUUUACAAGAGAGAAUUAGAAGUGGAGCUGCAAGAGUUGCGAAAAAUCUCAUCCCCGCAGCGGUGCUUCUUACGAAACAGAUCGUCAGAGGAGUUAGAGAAGGGAGAGAGAGAGAUGAAAGGGAGGGGUAGAGCCGAGGCAGAGCGAGAAGAGAAGAGUCAAAAGCAUCCGAUCAGAGCACAACAAUCAUCAGUCCACCCUGAGUCUGGGGGACCAAAGCUUUCCCGCUCGGCAGGACAGUGUGCAAUAGACCCGGACCUGAACUUAGCUACAGACCAUAAGCUUCCUCCGUACCUCUCUUAACCUGGAGAGGACUGCCAGCGACGCACAACCUCAACACAUGAUCACAGAGCGGCUGGAAAGCUGCAACAUUGCUCCAGCAGCUGCUGGUGUCAAAAGACGACUGAAGACAGAAACAAGUGCUGUAUCUUUUCCGAUCUACCGUCGUGACUUGCUGCUCACGGACUGGUCCAGUGGGACAUCCCAGCCAUGGAGGACACGCUUACCUGUACUCCCACCACCUUUUCCCAGGUGUUCGGUCGUCAAGGACAGUUGAUGCAAGCUACUGUGCAAUCUCUGAACAGCCUAAAUGAUCAGAUUGCUCACUUCAUGGUUAACAGACCUAAUGCCAUGAGCCAUGAAGAGGACACCUUUCUGCCCAAUGAGAGAGAUACUCUGAAGCAGUCUAUGGCUCUGAUGAGACACCUGCUCAUGGAUGCACAGGGCAAAAUCCUGAAAAUGAUGGAGGACAACAAGCAACUGGCCCAGCGGAUCGAUGGGGCCAUCCAGUCAGCCAGCCAGGAGGUGACCAACCUGCGCUCCGAGCUCACCGCAACCAGCCGCAGACUGGCCGAGUUGGGGGCGUGUAACCCUGCCUCCCUGGAGAACAACCAGCAGAACCAUCAUCACCACCACCACCACCAUCAUCUCCACGAUCCUACGGUCCACCACCGACAGAAAACUGUGGUGCCUGAUUUCACCUUCCAGAACGCCAUGUCGAGCCUGAUGGACUUUGGGACACCAGACUCUACACUCGACAAAGUGUUGCUGAGGGAGGAGGUGGCUCAGUUGCAGGAGGAGGUGCAUCUCCUCAGGCAGAUGAAGGACAUGUUGAGUAAAGACCUGGAGGACUCACACGGAGGCUGCUCGGCCGACACGCUCUCCGCCGCCGAGCUCAGGGUGCAGCUGGGAGAGAAGGAGCAGGAGCUGGAACGUGCCAAGGAGGCCUUGCAAGCUAUGAAGGGUGAUCGGAAAAGGUUAAAGGCUGAGAAAGCAGAUCUGGUCAAUCAGAUGCAGCAGCUUUACACCACACUGGAGAGCCGAGAGGAACAACUCAGAGACUUCAUCCGAAACUAUGACCAGCACAGAAAGGAGAGCGAAGACGCAGUGAAAGCUCUGGCUAAAGAAAAGGACUUGUUGGAGAGAGAGAAAUGGGACCUGCGCAGGCAGACCAAAGAGGCCACGGAGCAAGCCAGCAGCUUACGCUCUCAGAUAGACAUGAAGGAGAACCGAAUCAAAGAGCUGGAGGCGGAGCUCACCAUGGCAAAGCAAUCUCUGGCCACCCUCACUAAAGACGUGCCAAAGCGUCACUCCCUGGCCAUGCCGUCGGAGCCGGUGGUGAAUGGCAGUCAGGAGUGGGUGAUGCAGGCAGACCUUCCCCUCACGGCAGCUAUCAGACAGAGUCAACAGACCCUUUACCACGCACACCCCGCCGACAGGCAAGCUGCAUUGAGGAUCAGCCCCUGUCACUCCCGACAGCCCUCCAUCAUCUCUGACGCUUCGGCUGCCGACGGCGACCGCUCGUCCACCCCGAGCGACAUCAACUCGCCCCGCCACCGGACACAUUCUCUCUGCAAUUCCAUGGAGGACCUCGAGGACCAGAAGCGUAAGAAGAAGAAGGAGAAGAUAAGUCUCGGUUCACUGUCCCGAGUCUUCGCCCGUGGUAAAUCACAACGCAAGUCUUUGGAUCCGGGCCUGUUUGAUGGUACUUCCACCCCUGAUUACUAUAUAGAGGAGGAUGCUGACUGGUGAUAGUACUGUGUGUGUGUGUAUGUGUGUCUGCAUGUACGCCUGGAUGCGUGUAUGUGCGCGUGAGUGUAUCCGCAUCUGUGUGUGCCUUCAAAUGUAUUCCCAGUGAAAAACGCAGGAAAGAGGAAGAACCGCUGCCUCCCUGAUAUGUACAUAAUGACGUCUAUGUAAAUGAAAUAUAUAUUUAUAUAUGUAUGCAUAUGUAGAUAUGUUUACAUGCAUAUAAAUAUAUACACGGGAUCAUUUGCGUGUGAAUAUGUUUAUGCUGUUUAUUAUGCUUUAUUUGUGGUAAUAUAUGUCUCUUUUUUUAUAAACUGGAAACUUGAAAUACUGCUGAGCAUUUGUAAAUAGGAACUCUUGUGCACCUUGUGUUGCUGAUGUUUUUUUAUGUGGAAUGCAUCUUUUUACAUGACUGCUUUUAUCAUGCGCCCAAAAGGCUCCAGGCUAUCUUCAUAUAUCACACCGCUCGGUCCAUCGCCCCGCCUUUAUCAUGAAAUGAUUUAAUGUUUGACAUUCAAUCUACAAAAGAACCGAGCAUUGGGAUAAAAUCUCUUGGCUGUACACCACAGUCACAGUUGCAGAACAGGUGUAUUUUUUGUUUACCGAACACUGACAAAUCGGGAAUAACGAUGAUUUGGAAGCAAGGGAAUUUUUUUAUUAGGCUUUCCUUUCUGCACUGAGGAUUUUUGAUAAAUGUGAAUCCAAAAUCCAAUCCAUUUUUUUUUAAGGCGGCUGCAUAAAUCCUGUUUUUGUCUGAGCUUUUUCACUUCAGUUAUAAUUGGACUGAAGUUACGGUUUAUGUAUUAAGCUGGUCGUGUCCGAGUUGUUGCACGCUCUGAUGUGAUUUAUGUUUAAUGUUUCAGACGUGUGUUAACAGCUUAGGUCACCUGGCCCUAUUUUCAUUAAAGGAAAUGUAGCAUUAUUUAUUAGAGUUUAUCAUUUUUAAAAAUGUAUUUUUUUAACCCAUGCCAGAUUUUGCGCUAACUCACUGUUGACUUUAGAUAAAUGACACACACACACAAUUCUGAUAUAUACUAUAUUUUCCCCAAAACUGGGUGCUGACCUCAUGUGGACCUUACUGUACCUGUACAUCAACUAAGUGCCAAAGGUUUCUAAAGGAGGUUGCUAUUUUGUUUUGCAGUAUACAAGAAAAUGUCUGUACAUAGGAAUAUUUUCAUCGCAACCGCUCUCAUAACACACCCUGCUUCCAUAAUCCACAUCCUUUAUCAUUAAUGUUGAAACCAAUGAUGUCAUAACCCAUCUCGCUGACAUAUUCUUUCCGCUGCAAAUUUUCCUUUGCAUCCUGGUGGCACUGAUUUUUUUUUUUAAGUUCUUUUCUUUAUUUUUGAUCUUUUAAUUAAAUUAAAUUGACCUUCUUCCUCAUGUCAAUCUAAUGAGUUUAUGUUGUAAGGUCUGUAAAGUAGAUUCUAUCAGAUAUAUGAUUAAAGUACUUUAUUUAAAGAUCUGGAAGGAGGUCAUUUCAAUGAAACCGGACUGUCUUGGAGUUUACAGUCAGAUUAUUGAAAAGGUUUUAACGUUCUGGAGAUUAAAAAAAUUAAACUUAUUUUAAAAUAAAAACACAUAACCCAA